CAGUGAGUGAACAAACUUCAUUGCUAUACCACCUUACUAUAUGUCAAUGAACAUAGUAUCUUACAAAAAAUAAUCCGAAUUGAUGUGAGAAUAUUUUCCCAAAGAAAAUUUUGUAAAAAUGGCAAGUUUGUGUGGUCGUUUACUCUCCAAUGCCGUUCGCCGUAACUUCUUCGUGGCUCCAGCCAUCCAAUAUCGUCAUAAAUCUUACAAGAUGCCGGAUCCAAUUGACCACGCAACCGGUUUGGAAAAGAAGGAACUUUUAGCCGCGUUAGCUGGUAAUGAUGAUCCAUACCAUAUGAAAGCAAUCAAACGAGGUGUUGGUACCAAAGAUAAACCAACUUUAAUUCCAUCAGCUUUUGAUGCCCGUAUUCUUGGAUGUAUAUGCCAUGAAGAUCAGACAUAUGUUCAAUGGAUGUGGCUGUAUAAAGAUGUUCCGAAACGGUGCGAAUGCGGUCAUUGGUAUAAACUUUACUACGUUGAGCCGUUUGUGGAUGAAUCAAUUCUGGCCUUGUCAGAUGUUCACUAAAGACGUUCAGACAUACAGUAAAUUUUUCAGUAAUAGCUGCAGAAAAGUUUUCACCACGAAUCAUAAUUUGAUAGAUGUAUCUGAUGGAUAAUGUGAAAAUGUAAUUGAAAAAAUAAAAAAAAAAUAAUUCAAUAAAGUUA